CUUCUUGGCUCGAUGUCAUGAUUCUGCGGUGUCUGCUGGUGGCAUGGCUGCUGGGGGCAGCGGCGGUAGCGGGGGCAGCUUCGGUCGCCGACAACACCUCGGACGACUCUUCCUUCACUUACAACUCAUACAUGGCCUCGCUGUCCACAGCGCCGCAGCCCAUCAACAACGCCUAUGGCCACUUCCACGCCCUCACCGACGAUGACCUGCUGGCGCUGGACACGGCAGACGGGCAGAUGCUGCUGGUCACGCUGAAAGAGUGCUCCGCCUUUGCGCCGCACUACCAAACCAACUGCGCCGAAAUCUUCUACGUCAAGUCGGGCAAGGUGGAUGCGGUGAUGGUGGUGGAUGGCGAGGUGCUCCAGAGGACCCUCUCCAAGGGCGACGUCAUGUCUGUGCCCAAAGGCGCCCUGCACGCCUUCAGCAAUCAAGAGUGUGAGGAGUCGGAGGUGCUGAUUGUGCUGACCUCCUCAGACCCAGACUUUGUAUACCCGGCAGACCAGCUGAUGGGCCUUCCGCAGCAGGCGCAGAUCUCUAGCUUCGGGGUGACCAACUUUUCUGAGUUCCAGUCCAGCCUCAAGGUUCCCCGAGCGCACAUUUACUCUCUGAACGAUGAGGUGUGCACAGCCACCUGCGAAGCUGCCGCCGCCAACAAGACCGGAGUGACGCGGCCGGCGGUGGCCGGCGGCGGCGGCAAGGCCGCGCCCGCGCCCGCGCCUGCGGCCACCCCGCGGCGCAGCCUGCUGCGUGCAGCGCUGGCGGCCGGCCGGGGGCUGCCGGCGAGGCGCCUGUCGGCGGCGAGCGGCUCGGCCAGCUCGGCCAGGUCAGCCAGAGGGUCGGCAGCGGCCUUGGGCACGGCAGCAGCAGGGGCCGGCAGGCGUGCACCCGGCCGCCUCCUGGCAGAGGAGGGUGGCGGCGGCGGCGGGGAUGUGUACAACGAUUUCAUGGCUUCUGUGACAGCCGCCCCCGCCACCGUCGACAACGACUACGCCGAGCAGUGGCAGCUGACCUACGAUGACCUGCCCGGCCUGGAGGAAGCCAACUCGGAGGUGACCUUCACCCGCUUCCGCCCCUGCAGCACCUACGUGCCGCACUUCCAGCCAAACGCCGACGAGUUUGUCACCGUGCUGACAGCGGCGCUGGGGCUGGAGGGCGGCGUGGCCGCGGUGCCGGGGUGGCAGGACACGAUUGAUGUGCCCAAGGCCACCCUUGCCUCGCUCAACGACCCGCAAUGCACCGAGAGGUGCCACGGCAGCAGCACGGGCAGCGACGCGGAGCGCACGCAGGUGCUGUCGGGGACGUCGGGCGGCGGCAAGGCCUCCACGGGACUCUAGCUGCCCGGGCCCCCCCGCCAGCCAGCGCAGCCCACCGCGCAGCUUGCUAGACAGGUAUCGCAUCCCAGCCUCACAGUUGCUCCCCGCGCCAGGUCCCUGUACCACUGCGUGCAUGCCAUAGCGCUGCACACCCUAGCCAAGCCAGGCACCGCCAGCCCAGGCUGCCGCCACCCAGCCAGCAGCUUAGCUCGACGCAUCCUUGCCGUCCCCUGCCGGCGGCCUCCUUCCUUCCUGCUCACCGGGCCGCCAUUCAUGGCCCGCUCUGUAGCGCUGCCCCCAUGUGUGAGCCUCUCCAGUACCCUUCCGUAUGCCCUUGCUCCCAGCUAUCUAUUGUGCCUGUUUUGGCAGCUCAGCCCCCUCCUCUCUUGCCCUCUAGGAAGGCUGUGCCUUGAGGGGCAAAUGUGCCUCUCAUCUCAUUUACUGUUACACGAUCAAAAGCUA